CCGUCACCAACAUUCUAAAAAUUCAUCGGAAAAGGGGGUUACACUUGAUAUCAUCCAAAAGAGCUCGAGACUGUUGGUAAUCCUAAAAGAGAGACAGACACACAAGAAUAGAGUCAACCAUGUCAGCUGUCUUAGCUCUAUACCACGAGCACAAGCUUGCUCUGCUGGCCAUCGGCCUGGUCCUAGCCGGCCUUGUAGCAUGGCUUCGACGCGAUACCCGCCUGAGCAAGAUGCCCGGGCCUAAAGGCUACCCGCUCAUCGGUAUUGGCCUCAGUCUUCCUGCGAAGGCGCACGUUAGUCUUCGAGAAUGGGCCGCCUCGUACGGCGAGGUCUUCAGGCUGCGCGUAGGAAUGUACAACUGGGUCAUCAUUAACAGCCCCCAAGCGAUGCACGAUAUAUUGAACAAGCAGUCCUCCAGCACAUCCUCCAAGAUGCCGGCUCCUAUAGGCCACGACGUGGUCGCGGGCGGGAUGCGCAUGUUCACGCUACCGUACGGGGCCAAAUGGCGGACGUACCGCACCAUCACGCACCAGCUGCUCUCGAGCACCAUGACGGCGACCUUCAUCCCGACGCAGGAGUACGAGACCAAGCAGCUGCUGUUCGACAUCGCCACCGACAACGCGAACCAGCUGGACUUCAACAUGCACGUGCGCCGCUUCGCCUUCAGCAUCAUCAUGACCAGCACCUACGGCCUGCGCAUCAAGACCUGGGACGACGAGGACGUGCACCACGCGCUGGCGAGCGCGCGCAUCCUGGGCCAGAUCACGCGCGCCGGCGCCUUCAUGGUCGACGAGCUGCCGGUCCUCGCGCGCCUGCCGAAGUGGCUGCAGCCCGGCCGCAAGCAGGCCGAGAAGUUCUCCGUCCCGCUGCUCGAGGCCAAGAUGAUCCUGUGGCGCCGCCUGCAGGCACAAGUAGCGGCGGGCAAAGCGCCGACGUGCUACGCGCGCGAGAUGAUGGAGAACGACGAGGCGUGGCGCAAGCAGGGGCUGACAGACGAGGACGCGGCGUGGAUCGCGGGCGGCAACGUCGAGGCCGGGUCCACCACCACAUCCGUCACGCUGCUCAGCCUCCUCCUCCACCUCGCCGCGAACCCAGACGUGCAGCAAAAGGCGCACGAGGAGGUAAUGCGGGUGGUCGGGCCGGACCGCACGCCGGGGUACGACGACAUCAAAGACCUGCCGUACAUCCGGGCGUGCAUCAAGGAGGUGCUGCGGAUGCACCCGACGCCGUUCUGGGGCAUCAAGCACUACGCGGACGCGGACGUGACGUACAAGGACUACGUGAUCCCCAAGGGCACCGUGCUGCUCGCGAACACGAGCUUCAUCCACUACGACCCGGCGCGGUACGACGACCCCUUCGCCUUCCGCCCCGACCGCUACCUCGGCCACCCCAAGUACAGCGCCGACUACGCCAACCAGAGCGACCCCUACCUGCGCGACCACUUCACCUUCGGCAUGGGCCGCCGCAUCUGCCCCGGCGCGCGGCUCGCGGAGAACUCGCUCAACAUCGCGCUCGCGAACUUGAUGUGGGCGUUUGAGGUCCGGCCGCCGCUGGUCGAUGGGAAGGAGGCGGAGGGGGUGGAUGAUAGCGACGAUGCGUGGGAGGAGACGAGCUUCAGGGGCCCGAAGCCGUAUCAGGCGCGCUUUGUCCCCCGCAACGGGAACACGGUCAAGGUUAUCAAGGGCCAGUGGGAGACGGCGGCGAAAGAGGGGUAUGUGCUUAGGGGUAAUACUGUAGAUGUGAAUAGUGUGGUGAUAUUUUAAGGGAUGGGGGGUGGAAAUGUAUAUGAGAUGGGAAGACUGUAUUGUAUGUAUCACGUGUUGGUUUUCAGAGUUAGUCAUCUGGGCAGGUUAGAGACGGGUGUCAUAUUAUGUAAGUUGCUGAAGAUAAAAUGUGAUCUGAGAGAUGUUGCUUUCCAAUACGGUGCACCAUUAGUGCACAUCCGACAAAACUUUAUUUUUUAUUUUCUAAUUUCUAAUUCCUAAUUUCUAAUUCAAUUUCAACCAACA